CCACUCCCUGCCAUCAACUCGCCGCUGGAUGCGAGACAGCGAGGUCUGGGUGAGUGAGUUGUCUGCCCGUGAGUGAGUUGUCUGCCCGCUGGGUUCUCUUCUCUUCAUUUAGGGGAUUCAACUCUUGGACUUAUUCUAGAAUCAGAGGUGUAGGACUGGACCCUAACAGUAAGUACCACAAGCCGUCGCCGGUUUGCCCGUGUGAGCUGGGAGUUUUCGCUUGAUGUCGGCAACACAAGCCCGUGUUAAUAUUUGAUGUCCCGGGGGUCGGGACUUACUCGGCGGUACUGAGGGCCGGGGCUAGGGCAGGGCUGGCUGGGUCACUUGUUGGACUUCACGACCCCUGCAACUAACGAUCUUUCGACCCCUGGGGCUAGCGACCCCUGGAACUAACCCCUGGAUCUAGCGACCCCCGGAAAAAAACAUCUCUGAAUCCACUGACACUUGGAUCUAGCGACCCCCGGAACAAAGGACCCCUGAACCCACCGACCCCAGCCACUGACCUCUGAACCACGAUGGCAGAUACCGGCGCCCAGAGAAUUGUCGCCAUCGCUAUAGACGAGAGCGAACAUUCCGACAACGCCUUUCAGUGGUACUGUGAACACAUCUACAAAGAGAACGACUAUCUUCUGCUGAUUCACGUGCCAGAGACCUACGACUUCACCAUGGCAAGUGAGUCAAGGAAAGUGGGGCGCCCAGCUGUGGUGGAGCAGCUGUUGAAGGAGCUGGAGGAAAGGGUCGACAACCUGGAGAAAAAAUACAGGGAGAAGCUGCUGUCAAGGGGGAUUUCCGGGAAGUUCCGUACGGCCUCGGGAAAACCCGGUGAAAAGAUUGUGAGUGUGGCGCGUGACGAGCGGGCGACCCUGAUCAUCACGGGGACCAGGGGGUUGGGCAAGUUCCGCAGGACCAUCCUGGGCAGCGUCAGCGACUACAUCGUCCACCACUCCAACGUGCCCGUCCUCGUCUGCCGGUGGAAGACUCAGGAAGAUGGCGCCAAAUCUUGAUCGUCUGCUGGUAGAAGACGCAGGAAGAUGGCUCCAAAUCUUGAUCGUCUGCUGGUAGAAGACGCAGAAAGAUGGCGCCAAAUCUUGAUCGUCUGCUGGUGGAAGACGCAGGAAGAUGGCGCCAAAUCUUGAUCGUCUGCUGGGUGGAAGACGCAGGAAGAUGGCGCCAAAUUUGGUCGUCUUCGGCUAUAUAGACUAAAAAUAAAGAAAUCAUUAGCUAAACGUCAUCAUUAAAUAAAAAUUCUCAUCAACUCGUCUUAAAUGAUCGAUG